AAGGGGAGUCAAUACGUGCUUAUCAUUCCUGUUCUUUGGAUACAGCAGGCUUCAGUUCGCUUCUCUGUAACACGCAUCGCACGUCCGAGGAUUUUACCACACAGACAUCAUGACUGAUCUUAGCAAAGGUGAAAUCGAAGAUAUCAAGGAGGUGUUCGAUCUCUUUGACUUCUGGGAUGGUCGUGACGGCUUGGUAGAUGCUUUCAAAGUUGGCGAGUUCCUCAGGUGUUGCGGCAUCAACCCAACAAACGAGACAGUAGCGAAGAAUGGCGGCACAAAGAAAAUGGGUGAGAAACAAUACAAGUUCGAGGAGUUGCUUCCAAUCUACCAGGCAGCAGCCCAGAUCAAAGACAGUGGAACUUUCGCAGACUUUAUGGAGGCAUUCAAAACCUUCGACAGGGAGGGUCAGGGACUCAUCUCAGCGGCAGAGGUUAGGCAUGUAUUAACAGCUUUAGGUGAACGCCUUUCAGAUGACGACGUGGACCUUAUCGUAAAAUUUACCGGAAUUGAGGAAGAUUUAGACGGAAAUGUGAAAUACGAAGAUUUUAUCAAGAGAGUGAUGAAGGGUCCAGAUCAGAAAUAGGCGAUCCGAGGAUUUUAACUUCACAAAUCAGCUGCAAAUACUAUCUGCAAUCUCUCUGCUCAGCUGUGAACUUUUUAAUUAUCUCAUAAGGAGACUGACUGAACGAACGAAGCCCUGUCCAAGCUGACGUCACUUCCGCACCCAUUUUGACCAAGCGGAUGUGACGCCAGCCAUUGACGUCACAUCUGUUGGGUGACGUUUAUGGGCGGAAGUGACGUCAACAAAAGUAUACGUGUAAUCCUCCAAGGAACUCGGAUGAACCAUUGGCGAACUGAAGUGGUGUUAACAACGAUGUACUCACAAGCUUUUUAGUUUUCUAUUCAUUUGUAACAACAUAGUUAAUUGCGUCUUGCAAUUGUUUCUUUAAAAAUAAAUCUUUUGACCGGCCGGUCUCUGGGUCUGUUACACACUUUGUAAUAUACAGAACAAUCUGUAAAUUCAUUUUUUAGAUUUUAAUUCCAACGUUCACUUGUAAUUACUCUACACAACACAUAAUUUGUAGAAUUUCAAUGGGUAAGCCAUUCAGACUGCGUCUAUCAAGACAUGCAUAGCAAUAAGACACACAUUCAUUGUAGCUUUGAACUUCUUUUGAUGGUGUAUCUAUUUCGUUCCUUACCCACCGUUUGCCUGUGACCAUAUCUAAUUGUCUAUGUCUAAGGGAGUAGUAUCUCACAGGAUGGCCGCCUACACGGUGGCAGAUCCCGUGGUAUGUACUACUGAAGGGUCUGUUAGGCUCGCCCAUCAAUUUGUGCACUCUUCGUUGACGACUCUUCCUCCCCAUGUGGAAUGGUUGGGCGGACAGUGCAGUGUAUUACUGGACAAUAAAGCGUGCCCGUGUCCAUUAA